CCUUUCAUGUUGCCGUAAACGAUUUUAUGUGGUUCACUGUAUCCUUUCUCUCUCUCCCUCUCUAUCUCUUGGAAAUAUGUGGACUGGUCCAACUACUCCAAGCUGUAAAUUCCCAGAUCGAUACAGGCUAUAUUUUUCUCUUGCUUAACUUAUCAAGUGUCUUUUUCUGAUCGCCAAACAACAAAGCCUUGGAAUUACAACAAACAUGGGAGGUUGAUCCCCCGAAAUCAGCUUAGAAUUGGGAAAUAAAUCAUCCAUUUUUCAGAAAAUAGAAGUAAUGUUUAAGCUGUGGACAGUUAACACGAUUCUCUAAUCAAACUUGGCUGCCCUUCAUGGCUGCGGAUACAACCAACCCAAGCUAUUGGUUAAACUGGAGGUUUUUGCUAUGUGCAAUAUGGAUCUUAACAUCUAUGAUAGUAGCAGCACUUGUAAUAUGGAAGUAUGAAGGGUUCAACAAACUGAAAUCCAGGAGAAGAGAUGUUCAUCAGGAAACAGUAGGAUCUUUGUACAGGGAUGAGGCUUGGAGGGCAUGCUUGAAAGCAAUUCAUCCUGCUUGGUUGCUUGCUUACAGAGUAAUUGCAUUCAGCGUGCUUUUGGCAAUGCUUGUUGCCAAUGUUGUCAUUGAUGGAGGCGACAUAUUUUAUUUUUAUACUCAGUGGACAUUUGCUUUGGUCACUUUUUAUUUUGGGCUUGGAUUGUUGCUCUCCAUUUAUGGAUGUAGCACCUCUUGCAAAGAGGUUGGUAGCGAUAGGGUUGAUCUUGUGAGUUCAGAUGCAGAGCAAGGAACAUAUAUGGCUCCCGCACUUGGGGGAUAUGAAAAUCAACAUGAUAUUCCUGUAAGCUUAAAUAGCCAUAGUGAACCUCAUGUUCGCAAAGCUGCAGAUCCAUGGGGCUAUGCAUUUCAAAUAAUUUUCCAGAUGUGUGCAGGUGCUGUGAUUCUAACCGAUUGUGUCUUUUGGUUCGUAAUCUAUCCAUUUCUGACUGACGACGAUUACAAAUUAGAUUUUCUGAUUGUUGGCAUGCAUUCUAUGAAUGCUGUUUUCCUCUUUGGUGAUGUGAUUUUGAAUUGUCUGCGAUUUCCUUUCUUUCGAAUUGCGUAUUUUGUUUUGUGGACGUGUACCUUUGUCAUUUUCCAGUGGAUCAUCCAUGCUUGUGUUUCAAUGUGGUGGCCAUAUUCAUUUCUUGACUUGUCAUCUCCGUAUGCUCCCUUAUGGUACUUGGCCGUUGGGUUGCUUCAUCUUCCGUGCUAUUGCAUCUUCACUCUGAUAAUCAGGAUUAAGAACCUUUGUUUGUCAAGAUCAUUCCCAGAGUCGCACUGAAGUUACAAGGUCCACUGAAGCAUUGAAGUAUGAGGUCAGAGUUGUGGUUUAGCACCAUCGACCAGUGGGUUAAGCAUUAAACAAGACCACCUUCAGCGUACCAGAAACUGUAAUCCCUCUUGGAUUUGAUCUUUUCUCUCUCAAAAGAAUCCUAAACACGGUCCAUAGUUGUAAAAAAACAGAGCAGGUGCAGUACAGGAAUUUUUCCCUGUAAAUUUUUUUUCCCUGGGGUUGAUGAAUCUAUGGAGAGAAUUGUUGAUGACACAGGAAAUGCAUGGUUAAGGAGACAUGCAGUAUGCAAAUUGUUUGUGUAUGAUCUCUUAAAUAGAAAUGGUAGCAACAUUGCUUACUCUUUUGGAAUAUGAAAUGACCCUAUUAGAUAUUGG